AUGGAGGUGAAAUUAUUAUCCAAGUAAGAGAACCCUGGGAGUGUUAAUUGAAAUACAAUGACUCCCAUUAUGCAUGUUUUGUGGUUAAAUAAACAACUGAUGCUGUUCUUUUGCAGGUUGGCUUUGCUGGUAAUCAUUUGUGCGGUUGAGGUCUGGGCCCAGGGGAGUUCAGGAGCAGGUGAGGAUUAAACUAGUCUACUAGGAGCAGCAUCUGUUAUUUAUUUUAUAAUGUGUGCUUUAUGUAUGUUUGUUAUGCUGUCUGUACAGGAACUUAAAAAAUAAAGCCAUACUUGGCAAACUGAUCUGAAAUUGACCUGAUGGGUAUUUAUAACUGUUCCCUCCUGCACUGUGACUAUUACACCUUGCGCUAAGCAGUUUUGAUGAACUGUAUAUUGGCACUUUUUGAUGGCAUACCAUACCAACUCUCCCUGCUUGGGAGGUACAGUCCCUAUUUUGCAUCCAAUCCGCUCUUUUCUAUCCUAAUGUCCCUCUUUUCUAGGUACACAUAUAGCUAUAUAUUGUGGUGUCUAUAACACAGAGCUCCAUAGUAAUGUCUUUUAUUUAACCAUAAAUGUUUGGCCAUCAGCCUGCGUAAAUAAGAUUCAUUACUUGUGUUCAUAAUUAUUGCAACUUAAAUUAUUUUGAAGUCUCCCUAAAUGCUUCAGAACAGCCCUAGCUACACACCCACUCAAACCAUGUAUUAAAGUGUCCUUGUCUACGUAAAAUGCUGGGAGGCACGUGACAAUCGUAUGUCGUGUUUAUUCCACAUGGUCGUGAAAUCUGCAGAUCUUUACCGACAUGUCAAUGUGUGGCUAAUACUGAGCGAUUUGUGCAACAAAGUGAGAUUUAUUUACUAAACACGGAGUUGGCCUAACUGACUAUAGUGGAGGAGACGAUUUGUAAACUGGCAAUCUUUGCAUAAACUGAGUAAUUCAUUUUACAAUUCCCUGCGAUUCGGUGGCUACUGAAUAUAUCCCACGGCAUUUUUCCUGGACACAUUGCACGACUUCUUGCAGUUGGGUUGUAUGUGAUCAGUCCUGCCCUACAGAAUGUAGAAGUCAUAUGCUGCAGCAUGGCAAUCGGCUAACCGUUCAAAGCCACUUCUUAUAAAAUUGUUUGAUUUCUCUUUUGGCCUCUAAAUUCUAUUUCAUAGGUGUACCAGGGGUGUCACAUCUUAAUGAAGAGACAAGUUGCCCUCCUAGUCCACUAUUUCCAUUUUAUAGACUCUUUUUUUUUUUGGCAUGCAUUUGGGGUAGCUUAUGUUUAAGACAGACAAUCUUGGCAAAAACCUGGUAUUCAGAGCAAAAAUGCAAAACUUUCAAACUCAAUGUUCUAUAAGUAAACUAUAGACAGUAACUUUCUGUGUAAACACCUUAAUGAAACAUGCCAACCACACAAAUGGUAAAGUUCAAAUUCUAGACCAAAACUGAAAAAAUUUACAUAGAAUCACUCCCUUCCCUUAUUCAGUUACUUUGAAUUCAAACUUGAAAUUCCCAGCAUUUUACACUUUAUUAAAUGGCCCUGUAUAACCUACUAAACCAUGUUGAAUAGUGCAUAUUCUGUCUUUUCAGGAAUUCUCUCAUCGUGCCAAAGGUCCUUUGUAGUAAUUAAUUUGCCAGCCGGAAAUGUGCUCAACCGCAAAGUGCAGUUUUCAGCUAUUGGUAAGUCCAUAUAUGAACGUAAAACUAACACAAUGCACCCGAAAGACCUUCACGAAGCAAAUGCUAAUAUAAAGCUAUUAAAACGGGUACACCCUAUCACACCCUCAUCUCAUCGCACUAAUUUUUUCUUCUCUAAAACACACCAAACCAGCAGAACACAUACUUACCCCAUGUGACUUGAAAGGUUACAUGCUAUGAAGUUGACACUUGCUAUGAUGUUGACACUCGAGAGAGAGAGAGAUAUUCUCAGCCCAAUUUGACACAGUUUUCAAACGUUGCUCUAGUCAGAGUUGGACUACUUUAGCCUAAACAUUGUCAUUUGGAUUCCAGCUAGAAUCUGGGUUUUAGGGACUACAACCCUUAAGUUUUCAGUACAAUGAAUAAAUGCAUGACUUUUAGCCUCCAGGAAGCUGUAAAGGUUAACUUAAUGCAUAUUGUGUAUUUACUCUCUGUUUAAUCUAUUGUGUGCCAGAGCGUUAACGAAAAACGUGUAAACAAUUGACUGGUUCUGAUCUCCGUUUACAUUACGUCUGAGAUUUCAUUAAAGGAAAGAAAAUUCAGCCGAUUAGCAGUAUAGAAAAAUAACUCUUGUUGGUGUGGAUAUAGUCUUUCUAAUGGCAGAAUAGACUGAUUUUUCACCUAACUCUGAAUAAUGCUCUCUAGGCAUAAUAGGAUAAUUGAUCACAUGGAGAUCUGUGGGAUAUCUAAUCAGUCUAAAACAACCCGUUCUGGGUUACUGGACAACUGGUAAUUAUGCACUUGGUCUUAAGUGCUUUUCGUAUGUACAUCCUGUCCCUAAAGUCUUGCGGAUGGAACACUCCAAGAAACUGCACAGUUUUCACUUUUUCAGUGGCUGUCACAUAGAAAUAUUGGACUGUGGCAAUUACUGUACAUGCUUCUUGGAAGCAUUACUGCAAUAUUGACAUUUGAUUGGCCACCACUCAGAACUGUUAGCUUUGUUGAAGGGGGAUUGGGCUGCCAUGAUUCCUCUGUACAGGAUCACCGUUAAUGGGGUGUGGUGUGUGUGUGUGUGUGUGUGUGUGUGUUUUUAUUUUAUUUUUUUAGGUGGGUUCACAUGUAAAGCUUUAGCCAGUGCCAAAGGUUUAUUAAAUGUGCUAGAGAAUUCUUCUGGAUGGCUCAGGAGGCGGGAUUGUCCUUGCUUUGAUCGACAACUUUCACUAUCUUUUUAUUUUUUUUUUUUUUUUUCCUCUGAAUUCUGGUAUUGAUGGCUAAAAAGUGGCUGCUCUUGGGCAGCCUGUGUCUGAGAUUCAAACGAUCUAUUUGUAUUUGCAAUUCUCACUCAAACUGUAACUAUCUUCUUUGCCACAGAUGAAUUUGGGAGAGCAUUUCUCAUCGGCAACCAGUUGGCCUCUCAGUGUGGGUAUACAAUCUCUUAUGAUGCCUGGGGCAACAUUGAAUUUAGAGCUUCACUUCUCAGCUGUUACACCCAGAUUAGGGUAAGAUGAGAGCUUUUCUUUCCUAUUCUGGCAAUUCCUUCUGAGGACUUUGUAUUUUUUGCUUUUCUUUUAUAAAAUGUUUGCCUUCCCCAGAAUGACAGCUACUUCACGGUCUCCGUAAAAGUAGAUAUCUCCACUGGCCUAAGCACUGUGGGUGAGAGUAACAAAAGAUCAGUUGACUGUCCCUACAAGUGGCGUCCUCGUGAAGUUGUCUGUGAAACGAGCUACAUGGAGGCAAGUAGCCAAUAUGAACUGGAUUUUACCGCAACUUUGGGCAUCAUGAACGAAACUGAUGGUCUGUAGAUCAAUCAUCUCGUAUGAAGAUAUUUUAGAACAAUUACUGUUUUUAGCUCACUGUGUUUCUCAAAUAUUCCUUAUGAAAUUUGCUUCCAAAAGCACUUUGGUAAGAGGCGCAGAGGUGGACUACUUUCAGUGAGCAUUACGAAAUGUCAAUUUAUCGACCGGCUUUACAGGAAAUCUGCAUUUAAAAGGUUGAGGGAUGAGAAAAAGGCAGCAGAAUGUGUAGAAAGGAUGUGCGUUGAAGGGAGAAUAUGCAAUCUUUAUAUUCAAUUCUGAUUGGAAAGGGUGGUAUCAAAUGUUACCUUGGCAAAAUGCUGAGUAAGACAUGUUGAUCAUGACUUGCCUGCAGUGUGUGCAAGUUUAUAAUAAAAAACACUUUUAGUAAUGAGACAAUAUGCCUGAAAAGAAUAAACAUUAUUGUAAACUACAGUAUAGCAAUUUUUAAUUUGUUUUGUAAUUUGAUAAAUUUGUGUACUGGCAUGGUCGGUUUGGCUGACCACUUUCACAAUAGCACAACUAUUCAUAACUUGUACAUUUCAUUACUUUAGACGGUAAAGCUUAAUUUUGGUCUGACGGUAGGGUUUCCUUUCAUUCAGAAACUACUGUAAUCAUUUCCUUCUAGGUGUCAGUCCGACGGACCAUCCCAAAUAUUCCAGAAGGUGCUCUCCAAGAUGAACCAGAAGACUGGUCUGAAGCCUUUCCAGAAGCAAGUAUAUGUUGGGUUCACUGCUGAUGAAUUGGCCAUCUCUUGACCUGUGCUCCUCUUCUAUCAUCCCAUAUCCCGGGAUAUGGGAUGAUAGAAAGCUCCUCAAAGCUUCUGGAAAGUCUGGUCUUUAUCUGUCUGGCUUGCUUCCUCAAUUCCAACGCUCUCCUUGAUCCUCUUCAGUCUGGCUUCUGCCUCCUCAACUGAGAAUGACUAAAUCCAAAGGCCACUACUCCUUACUAAUUCUUCCUGACCUCUAAUGCCUUUGACACUGAUCAUGUUCUCCUUCUCCAAACUUGAAGACUGUCCUCUCGUGGUUUUCCUCCCACCUCUCCCAACAUUCAUUUGAUGUCUCCUUUUUCUAAUGUCUCCUCCCUGCCUUGGUUGAAGUCCCCCUUCUGUUCUCUUUAUACCUCCUGUUGGAAAACUUAUUACCCCAUUUGGAUUUUGCUACCACCCAUAGGCAGAUAUUUCUCCUCCCUAGAUCUCUCCCCCACUUGUCCUGCAAUGUGUCACUGCUAGCCUUUCUUCCAUCUCUGAUUGUAUGUCCUUCUACUUUCUGACACUUAAUCUCUCAAAAAUGAAACUUCUGGUCUUUCCUCCUCUUUCGCUCUGCUUUCAAGUUUAUGGUACCCGGGACAAGCUUGCUGUCUUAGUGUAUUGAUUCUGGUCUCAUGUCAAGUCUGUUUCCAAAUCCAGUCGAUUCCACCUGAAAAACAUUGCCUGCAUCUGCCCUUUAAGCAUGAUGCUGCCAAGGAGCUUGUUUGUGCUCUAAUUUCUCUCAUGCAGCAGCUGUACUUUUCCAGCUACAGUCUGUAAUGAAUGUUGAACCAGACUGAUGCUCCCCUCACACCUCACCACUAAAUCAAUCAUUGCAUUGGCUUCCUGUAUCCUAUAGUAGCCCAUUCAAAAUACUAACUUUCAUAAAAAGCAAUGAACGGUUCUAACCUUCGUAUAUCUCUUCACUGAUUUAUAGGUAUGCCCUUUCUCCUGUAUGCUGCUCACACCCGUGCUGUUCACUCGCGCUUGCAGGAUUUAUCGCAGGCGGUGCCUUUCCUUUGCAAGAACCUGCCUACCACCAUCACUCUCCCAUAGUCUUCAAUAGUUUUUAAAAGUGCUACAAAACAUCUCUUUAGGAAAGCUUAUGGCCUCCUUGAGGAACCUCUACCUCACAUGCCUGUCUCUUGCUCUCUCCUAAAGGGCAGCACUUUACUCUCUCCUCCAGCUCUGCUUCACUCCCUCCUUAUUUGAUUGCUAUCCCCUGUCCUAUUGUUUUAUACCCCACCUCCUAUAGACUGUAAGCUCGUUUUGAGCAGGGUCCUCAUAAACAUACUGUUCUGUAACAUUUUGUAUGCCUCAUUUAUUGUUAAAUCUCCCCCCCUUUAUAAUAUUGUAAAGUGCUAUGGAAUAUGUUGGGGCUAUAUAAACGCCAAAAUGACUAGUAUCCCUACAGAAAGGGUUCAGUCUCAGGCCAGUAUAAAAUUCUCUUCAAUUACUUGCUCUAUGCAAUGUACCCUAAAGGAACACUAUAACAUUGGGAAUACAAACACGCAUUCCUAAAGUUGGUGUUCUGUUGACUUAAAAUUUUUUCUUUCUUUUUUUUUUUUUUUUUAAGCCUUUUCUGCAACCACCUCACCUCCAUUGCUCAGAUUAUCGCUCUUGAUUUAGGCAAAUCCAGUGUUUUCCCAUAGGGAUGCACUGGAAGACCAGUGCGCAUUUGCAAAAAAACUGCAGGACUGUACCAAUCGGUAUCUAAUCAGAUACACUGAACACUCAAUUCAUUGCUAUGGAGAGCGCCAAGCAGAUUGCAGGACCUUAUCCAAGAAGUCCUCUUGUUUCUGACUUGACCACCACUAGAGGUGAACCUGGGCAGCAAUGCCAACAAACACUGGCAAGAUAAAGAGUAGCACUAACUGAUUCAAUAAAUGCUUAAAUGAUUUACUUAUUUACACUUAUUAUGACUAUAUAGCGCCACCAAAUUCCACAGUGCUUUACAGUGGGUGGAUGAACAGACAUGUACACUAUAAAUGUAACAUUUACAGGAAGGUCACAUCACUGCCGAGUUGGCCUUCCACUUUUCAUAGAGGCUCCGUUAAAAAAAAGUCACUGCAUUGACACACACCAUAUUUAGUGUUUUAUUUUAUUAUUCAUUUUAUUUCUCCCCUUUUAGGCAGUAUCGGGACUCUUGUCAAUCUGGCAAGUAGUAUUCCAUCUUACCUCAACUCGGAAAGCUAUGUUGGUCAAAGAUGCCCAAAAACUUGGCUAUGGCAUAAAUACAACAGAGGCCAGAAUAAUUCUAAGAGCCCCAUACAAUGCUACGGAAGCCCGACUCCAAAGAGUAAGUUCCACGUGUCCCCUAUUGAAGCGUAUUUCAAGAACUAACUAAUAAAAUCUGAAGCAAAGUUUAAAGUUGCAUCCCAACAUCUAGGUAAUGUUGUUUUAAAUGAAGAAUGCCUUUUUACAUCUUGAUUUGCUAUAUUUCUAGCUGGCUGUGGGUUUGUCAUUUUUUAAAAUAUAUUUUUUUUAUUUUUAUUUUGUAGGUCAGUGAAGUGGGGUUCUCUGCUGUAAGAGCUACUGUAUUAUACAAACAGCGCUGGUUUCUUCUCAUGGCUGACACUGCCGUAUCCUGCCCAGUUGGUGAGUUUCUAGAGCAGGUCAAAAUGUGCAGAGCAACAAUUUCACUUUUCUGUUGCAUUAAUAAACUGCAUUCAAACCACUGCUUUGACAGCAGAAUAGGUUUAAAAGGCUUAAAGAUCUACUGUAAAAAUGUCACUAUACUGGUGAAUCCCCAGAAAUACUAGCUUUCCCUAUUUUUAAACACUUCAAAAAAUUAGUUUUGUUCAGUCCACACUUCAUCAGGUAUAGUACAAAAACGAUUAAAGACAACUUAAAGCCGAAUUAAAUGAGCUUGACUCUUAAUGCUUGCAGGAAGACUAGUUACUACAACAUUAUGGUCCAAAGUUCUAUUACUACAAGAAAUGUAUCUAGUUGGAGAAUAUGGAGAGAAGGGAGACUUCUAAUGUAUAAACAAAUGAACUAAAACCUAUUGGUAUGUGUGAAUUUAACUGACUCCAUGAGAUUUAGUGAUGGUGUAUUAUACGGGUGAUUUCUACAGCCUUCAAAGCAGUUAGAAACCGUCACAUGCUACAACAUAUAAUUACUUUACAUAGAUUCAAUUAUCAUAGAUUAAAAAAUGCUAUUACUAUUGAAGUGUUAAAGUACUUGUUAAUGCACAAACAGUUAAUUUAGUGAUGUCCUCAACUGUAAGGUAGAGCCACAAACUUUAAACUGGCUAAAAUAAAUUGGGCAACUGCUGUGUACACUGGUUAAAGUGCUGAUUGUACAGACUUGAAUUAAAGGAGGCAGUUAUGAUAAAAAUAUUAAUAUGGGGGGGGUGGGGGGAAGGGUGGGGAGAGGGUAGGUUUAAGACAAUCUCAGUUGAUUCUGUUCAUUUGGCCACAGCAAGAACGUAGCUUCACAUGCAGUGCUCAAGGUGGGAGGUUUCAGUGCAGUCACAUAGUAUCUGGUAUUUUCAGACCUUUCUCAAUUUCCCUGGGGCUGCUGGGCUGAGCAGCUGGCAUGCAGUCCCUGGGAUCCCGUGGGCUGCUGGGCUGAGCAGCUGGCGUCCAGUGGGGCUGUAGGGGUUCAGCGGGGCUGCUGGGCUGAGUGGCUGGUGUGCAGUCCCUGGGGUCCAGUGUGGCUAAGCGGCUGGCUGGCUGCUCAACUCCCUCACGCACCUUUUGAUGCCGGAGUGACGUCAUAUUCCGGCAUGACUCCUGUGCGCACGAGAGAGUGGAGCCAUGGAGAGUGUUCCCUCGCUGUCUGUGACCAAUUUGUUUCACGAAAUUUUGGCAGAACCCCACUUGUGUUCUCGCAGAACCCCCAAUUGGGGAAAAGCUGGUUUUGAGUAAAUGGUCAGUGUUUGUAGUAUUGUAGCCUCUACAAUUUAUGUAGAACCUUUCAGGGCCUACUUAUACAUGCUGAUUUGAAGAUGGUUCUCCAGGCUAAAUGAAUGUCUGAGCCAAUGAUCGACUCCUAUUCUGAGGCAGUUGUAAUAGUUCUAUAAUUUGAGCCCCCAAUAUCUCUUAUUUUCCCAUUUUUGUUUUAAUUCUGAUUAUUCAGUCCAGUACCUGUUUGAAAAAGUAUAUUCUUUAAGAGAAGCAUGCCACACGUUAAAUGAAAGUGUGUGUGUGUAUACAUUUUAUUGGAAAUGCCUUAAUAGUUUUGUCCUUGUGCUGGUAUGUAACUGCUCUCCUUCCUUUUAGAUGAUGUGACUUUUGUAGAUGGAAAGAUAAUAUGGACUGUUCCAAAAAACAUUCCAGACUUGCUUAUCGGUGCUAGUAUGAUAAAAAUCACCCAUACUGAAAUUGGAGUUGACCUCACUACUCUGACAAAGGCUGAGUUGCUCAAUAGAAGUUAUUUGGUGGUUGACAACAGUGUGACCACUUCCAUCACUAUACCCUAUGGAUCACUUGGUGGCUAUUAUAAGGUAAAAGCAGGAUAUAUUGCCCUGAAACUUAUGUUCAGCAAUAUUCCUUUUAAUUCUGGUAUAUAUGUUGUAGCUUUUCAACACAACAGAUGAUUCCUUUGGAUAAACUGACUUUUCUCAGUGUAUCAAUAUUUGGUCUCCUACAUUCCAUGCCCCAAAGUUUAUUAAAAUCUAAAAGUAACAAAAAUGCCCAUUCUGCAAUACCUGUGUAUUUGAAUUCAUGAAUCUAUAAUUCACCUGGUGUUGAAUGCAGGGGAAGUUAAAAAUGCAAUAGCUGUGAAAACUACUGUAUGGGGUUCACUAUAAUAUCCCGCUCUAAAGAUGCUCUGUAAUAAAAAAAAGGUUUUACGUUUUUCAAUUAUGGCGGCUACCACUUUAAAAUAUGGUUAUUAAAGACUUGAGGGAAUGUUUCCAAAUGUGUUACUGUUUGUCAGCAAGGCCAUUGCAAGCCGAAUGGGAGCUGGUCACAUGAUUUCUGUAUGCCUGAAAGAUUAAACUUUAUCCCAUGGGUUUAUUGCAGCUAUCGUAUGAAAUAUAGGCAAUGGGUAUCACGGUGUCCAAUAGUCUUUAAGCUAGAUCUUGUGACCAGGUCUCAUGGGUAACACAGCGCAAUAAACUGGCUAAAAGAAACCUGGCACAGUUAAAAACUUUUUUUUUUUAAUUUUUUUUUUAUACUAUUAUUCAUGUAAAGCAAUGCUGAACUAUGCAUGUCAUUUCCAUUCUAAUUGUACAUUUAAUGUACGGAUAGCUCUUUAAAUCUAUGGUCUGAAUUAAAAAAAAAUAAAAAUAAAAACCUUACUGUGCAUGUUUUUGCUCCUUCAGAGUCGUACAUCUUAUGGAGAAUAUGGCAUAUUCUAUCAUAUCAGAAUGCUACUACAAUAUCUAUGGGAAGACAACCGGAGGGGUGUGACCAAAUAUACGGUUAUUAAAGAUAUAAAAACUCCCUUUGAUGCUCGGCCACCAACUAUAACAAACGGUAUGCGUCUUGGGAAGCUUAGAGGAUAUUUAACUUACUUUUUAAAAGUGCUUUAUUUGUAAACCAGACUUGUAGCAGUAAAACUUGCUUGUACGCAAACUUUCAGUGUCAAGUCUUUCAAAGUGAGUUGGUAGGACUCCCGUCUUGGAUUGUAUUUAUUUUUAAUUGAACUUUAUCCGUGUUGAGUGAUCUAACUUUUGGGUUUUGUUCUACUGACCAUUGGACUCAUAGAAUUUUUUUUAUAAAUAACACUUAAAUGUGGAAGUCUGAAGUUGCAGAUAACUUUUUAUUUAUUUUUUUAACUUUUAUUCUUCCUUCUGUUUAGAGACAAUCAUUUCUUCCAGGGAAUUUAAUGUAACCAUUGGAACAUUUUUACCGGAUGUAGAGCUGGUGAACCUAACAAUUGGUCUUGUAACCAUACCUGUAUCAGAGUGUAAUAAAUUAGGAUGUAUGAUUUCUUCACGGAGGCAUCCAAAUGGAAGUAUCACUUUUAUAUUAAAAGUUCCCUUUGACGAUUCCAAUGUGGAAAAGCAGGUACUGUGGCACUCUUGUUUGGAACAACUGUAUAAAUGUAAAUCUAUAACUGACCUUUAAUGUGUUUAUUUUUGUAUUUUAGUAUAUCCCAGAAUAUACCCAUGUUUACACUUUGAACGUCACUUUUGGGUUCCUUAUCAUUCCAAGUAUGGAGACAUUUACUAAAAGAACUUCAGUUACCAUUACAAUUGAAGAUGCAGGUAAUGUACAUUUUAUAAUGAAAAACUAGCAGAAACUCUAACCUUGCCUUGGUUGGAUAUGGUGGUAACUUGACAUUUAACUCUUGGCAAAUUAAGAACUUAGUGAUGGUUUAAAUAAUGGUGAAAACUUGGUCCUUGCAGCACUUUUGUCAGGUUUACAUGUCUCUGGAAAAAAAAAUCAAUAAGCGAUACGUCAGCUUUGUUUUGAAAUAUGAAGAUACUAACUGAAGCCCAUUCUUUUACAGUAGAUAACAGUUGAUAAUGCAUAUUGAUGCCUUAUCAAAGUAAGACAUACUCUUAAGCACUACCAUGAAACUCGAUGUAUAGUUUGUGGGAAAUUAAGAGUAGAUUCUUCUAUAGAUUUGGGAGACGGAUUUUAAGGUUGCAUACAAAUUUAAUCCAAGUAUAAGGUGGAGUGAAAAAAUUACAAAUUGCCUUUUCUCUCCACCCAUUACUAAAGUUGAUUGUAGGGUUCCAAAAUGGGUAAACCCAGUCCUAUUAAUGAUCCUCGUGCUUAACUGAACAGUGGUAUACAAAUAGUAUCCUUUAUGAGCAAAGUUCUAAUUGGUCUAAAACUGUGGCUCUUUAACAUUCCUUCCCUGGUGUGGCUGUCUGCAAGGAUUUUUCUCUACUGCUAAACUUCAGCUUUUUGUUUAACUAGUGCCUCCCACUGCUAAAGAGGCCUGUGGAUCAUCCUUGACCUUGAAUGUCACUCGUGGGAAUGUGGACACAAAUUGGGUUCCAUACAUCAAGAAUGUGCCUGUGAGCCUGGAUUCUGCGCAAAAAUAUGGAUUUCAGUAUUCAUCGAGUAACACAAACUUUAUAGUUUCAGUUCCACCCUCAUCCAGUCUUGUUGCUUAUGAUGUAAGGACUAACGAAUGAUAUAUAUUUAAAGUAAUUUAAGGACCAUAAGUAAACCAUACAAUGCCUUGAAAUUGUCACAAGACUGCUUUUACAUUCACAAUGUGCCGCCAUAAAAAUCGAAUAUCACAACCUUGUAGAUAGCUUGGCAGCCAAUGCAAUAUUUCCGUUUAUUUCUGGAAUGCCUUACUCCAGAGGUUAAUGUUAUAAAUUAAUCCUUGAUCUUAUGAUAAAAGGAUUCCUUUUGAUUAAACCUUUGAUAUUAAAGAACACUCCAGAGUUGACUGAAUUAGACCACUCCCUCAGCAAGUCAGCAUACAUAAAAUCUAGGGGUUUAGGUAAUCUGAUAACAGGUGUCCAGCUUUUGUAGACUAGACCUUCUUCUAUGACCAUUUAGGGAUUGUUAUUUUUAGUUUACUUCCAAUAGUCGCAUAUGUUGUAGCUCAACUUGUGCUGCAAGCUUGCAGGGACACUAAGCACCAGAACUACUACAGUUUAAUGGGUCGCUUAAUGUCUGGGGGACCCCUUUAAAUGAACUUGUUUAAGAUAGUUGAGUGUUUGUAGAAGGCUAGUCCUGGGUUGGGAUGCAGUAUUACAUUGAGAAAUUGUGGCUUAACGCAGAAGCAACAUAGAUGAAACACUGGUAUCUCCAAACACUAAUGUAUGGCUUGUGGAGUUAACUGUAGCUUUUGUUGGGACAUAACUUCUGAACUAUAACACUAUGCAUGUGGAAAAGAGUAUAAAACUCUUGAACCUAAGACAAACCUAUUGCAAAAAUCUUGAAGGGACACUAUAGUCACCAAAACAACUUUAGCUUAAUGAUACAGUUUUGGUGUAUAGAACAUGCCCCUGCAGCCUCACUGCUCAAUCCUCUGCCAUUUAGGAGUUAAAUCCCUUUGUUUAUGAAACCUAGUCACACCUCCCUGCAUGUGACUUGCACAGCCUUCCUAAAGACUUCCUGUAAAGAGUCAUCUAAAGUUUAUCCUUUCUUUAUUGCAAGUUCUUUUUUAUUUAGAUUUAUUUAUUAUCCCCUGCUAUGGUAAUGGCUUGCUAGAACCUGCAAGAGUCCCCUGUAUGGGAUUAAAGUUCAAUUUACAGAGCAAGAGACAAAAUUGUUUAAGGUAACAUACAUCUGAUUGAAGUGAAAGCAUUUUUGUUUCAUGCAGGCUGUGUCAAUCAGAGCCAGGGGAGGUGUGACAAGGGCUGCAUAAACAGAAAUAGUGAUUUAACUCCUAAAUGGCAGUGAAACCUGAGAAGCAUGAUCUAUACACUAAAACUGCUUCAUUAAGCUAAAGUUGUUUAGGUGACUAUAGUUUUCCUUUACCAUUACCCUCUACAUGUACCACCAGUAGUUCCAUUGUAAGUUUCCAAGUGUUGAGGCAUCAACCCCGAUCUCUAUUGCAUUGAACACUAAUUUAUCAAAUGUCUAUCACCCUCACUAAUCAUGUUAUUUUUGACAAGAUCACCAUACUGUAUGUAGGCGAAGGUUCCCUGACCCUCAAGAUGCGUCAAAGGUUUAGAAAUUCUAGGAAAGGUGUUUGACUUCUGCAUCACCCUAUAAAUGCGUUUUGGGUUUUUUGGUUGUGUGUGUGAUUUUUUUUUUUUUUAACUUUCUGGAUGGCCCAACUCAUCCAAAAUUGCUAACCACUUCUGAAAGCACAAGGUGGCUUUUAAUUUUUUUUUAUUUGUUUUUUUUUUUUCUAAAUUGCUUUGUGACAGAUGACCUUCAUUGUUGGGUUUUCUUUAAUCUCUAAGCCAUAACAUUCUUUGCAUAUCUAUUUUUUUUAUUUUGUCUGUCUUUGUCUAGUCUGUCAGUUCCCUGGGCUUGAAAAUUACUCUACCAUUGACCCUGAUGGAUGACUCUUCUGGACUUUCAAAAUAUAAAUUCAGUAUUACCUGUACCUAUCCUGCAAAUGAAUUGAUCCGUAAGUGACUACUUGUGUUGUGGAACGAUUGACACAAAUUCAAUUUUAUAUCAUUUUUAUUUUUAAAAACUUACACUUUCAGAGUGUUUUCCGAAUGGAACCAUAAGUGUGGUUGUAAUGAAGCUAGCUGCUGUACCAGACAUGGACCUGUCUCUCCUCCAAUUAAGGGCCAGAUCCUGCCGACCUGCUUUGUACUCUGACACAAACGCCAUAUUCAUUUUUCGAGUAAACACUUGUGAAACUAGCAGACAGGUACCUCAAAAGAUAACUUGUCAUAUGGUGGGUUAAUGAAGGAGGGGUGUACAUGCUAUAAACAACUUUCCUGAGCACUGAUUUGAUAGACCUGAUGAACAGGUGUAUAGUCUAAUUGUUUGAAUGCAGUAAUCGAGAUUAAUUCUGCAAUGGACUGAAUCACACCCAGAUCCAUGAGAAGAGAACUAUUAGAAUGGAGUUCCGGGCCAGCCCAAGACAUUGUGCUGCCCGGGUCCAAUAACUGAAAGCUGCCCCUCAACAAAACCAUGCAGACUAAAACCUUUAAUUAUCACGGUUAGAAAUAUAAUUAAACUAAACUUAUCAAGAAGUGUUGAUAUAAAAAUAGGGGUUGCAAUGUGUGUAUUAUGUGCUGUAGCACUGGAUACAGACAAGCUCUCUGUAUUCAUGGCUUUUCAUGACUGUAUGACAGUCUUCAGGGGUGACUGUGACAGGUUGAGUGUGAGGUGGGGUGAAUGACAGGGUUUGGAAGGUGAAGGGGAAAAAAGGAACUGGCAGGCCACUUGGAACACACCCGGUGGAGGGAGUGACAGUGCAAGUUGAAGUGAGCAUGACCGGAUUGGGAGUGUGGGUGAAAGGUGAGUGAUGGGAUUAGGAUGGGUUAAUGUGAAGAGGUAUAUGGGUGGCAGUGGUGACGGGAUUAGGGGUUAAUGUAAUGGAGUGUGGAUUUAUUUUAAUUCCCCUUAGUAAUAGAUUCACUGAUGGUCCAGUGGCCUUGCUUUCUGGUGUGCAGCUCCACAGGAUGCAGACAGACCAUGUGCUGGAGGUCUUGCAAGCUAUGGCAUUUGAAGUGUCAGAGCAUUGCCAUGGUAACAUGAAAAAAUGCACCUGGCAGAGCUGUAGACCAGAGGCUGUGCUGGGUUCUAAACCCCAGUCUGAGUGGAAGGGACCUGCAUACACGAUAAACCACCAGGCCCUCUGUUAUGGACAGAGGACCCAGCAGAUUUAUCUCCCCUAAGGGGAGUUAGAUGGCUGCCUAACUUUCCCAAAUAAAGAACAGCUUGUGUGGUCUGCAGAUAAGAACUUGAUGUGGACUAGUGUGUGUAGGGGUGGCAAAAAGGGCCACCUGGGGCCAUGGACCCAUUGGAACCCAUGCAUGGGCUGACUCUGACUGUAUUACACAGGGACAUAAAGCUUUGGUAGUUACUCAGCUACCGGUCAUUGGUGAACUGUUGAGAUGAGGUUGGGAUUACCUACUUGCAAAUUUGCAUGUUGAUGAGUUAAUGCUGCUAAUGUACAAUUUGCUUUCAGGGGAAAGCGCUAGAUAAAUGACAAUCAGAAUGCAUUCUGACAUACACCUUUAAAAAAAAAAAAAAAAAUUUAAAAAAAAAAAGGGGCUUGGGAAAAUGAUGCUAACCUUGUCACAAGGAGAUGGAACUUGUCAACACUUGAGAUUUGGGUUAAGAUUAUUCUGACUUUCAAAUGAUGUGGGUUCUCUAAUAGUACAAUUGGCCUCGAGACUUGAGCAGGGACUAGUGGAAAGGGUGGCUAUUGAGUUUUUGCCUAUAUUCAGAGUUCAUAUUUCUUCCUUCUAUACGGAAGAGAAUCAAACUGUGAAAUAUUAAAGACACCAAUGCAGUUUAAUUAUUUCCAAAGUAAUUGGUCAAAUAAGUUGGUUAUGUCUUCUCUUCUCUUCAGUUUUCGGGUAACAUUAUGACUUAUGAAAACGAUGUAUUGUACUUCAGAUCCGGAUCUACAGUUCCUGCUUACCAGUAAGUGAGAUUAUUUCAGAAUUAUGAAAGCUGACCAAGACUGGUUUUGGUAUUAACCAUGAAUAACUAACUAGUUGUGAUAAUCACAUUCCUAAAACAAACUAGCCACAGUGACCAUUUCUAAAGCCGUAGUUGACAUCUCCUGUUUGAUUUUUGUCGGACACAUAGGCAUGACAUUUACCUGUGCAAUCAAUUAUUCAACUGGCAAACUAGCUCUGUCUCUUGACCUUAAAGUAAAGUGUGCAAAACGCCUUAAGUGUAAUUACUCCGUUGUUCAUGUGAACUUUUUAUUUUUUUUCUCAGCUUGUAAAGUUAACGAGUGUCCUAACUCACGUCCAAUACAUAUGGUGUGGAGAUUAAAAAUAAUUAAAACAAUGAAGUGGGUUCCCACAGUCCAAUUAUAAGUUGUUCAAGGGGUGUCUUGUCCCCUGGUUAUCUUAAGUUGUAGGUCGGUCUAAUUCCAACCCAUACCACAUAAGUUAAACUUCUAUUCUACCUCUUCUGUGUAGAACAUGCAGAGGUUUGGUACAUUGUAAAAAUAAAACCAGUUCUGUAUAAAUUGUUACUUCACUCGUAGUCUUGAUCAGUCCUUUCCAUUGCUUUGACCAAGAAAUUGUUGCUAAGGGGAAAAAAAUACCCAUUGCUUAACUGACUAUAUAUGGAGGAAAACCAAAAAAUGACCCAGAACCUACUGGCUGGAGUGUUUAGAAAUUAAUGAAAAAUAUAUAUACGCUAGGUUUGGCUGGAAAAGCCACAAUUGCAAAUUACCUGUUUUUUACAAUUUCACAUCUGGAUGACACUAGCUGCAAUUGUUGCGUUCUCUGCAGAACGCUGACCUUUGUGUGCAGGUCACUACUUGUGCGUUAGAUACUACCCUGUGUAAAUGCAGACUUUUCUGAGAUAUACUGGUUCGUACACUGAUUUACACUUGAUAGUCUGUUUCCUUUAACAAACUUCUCCCACAACUUCUUCUACAGGCUAAGAGUUUCUUGCAACUACACUAUAAAUAAUACCAUGUAUUUCCGGUAUUCUUUUGACUACAACCCUGCACCCAGCGCUCAAACUACAAAUGAUCCUCUUGUAUUUAUUUUAAGGUUAAGUAAAGGUAAGUUUGUACACUUAUUUUUUUUUUUCUCCUAUAUAAACUUGACUGACUAGAGAUCACUUAAACAAACCAUUACAGCUGUAGGAGUGACCUGGUGCAUUUCUACUGUAACCAGUAAAACUACUGGUUCUAGAUACUUUGAUUUGCCGUGGUCCACUGGGUGCAGCUCCCUGCCUACAUUACAAAGGCCAAUAACUCCAAACUGUUAGCCCUGUGGUGCAUCGCUAGCUUAUUUCCUGAAAACCUAGGAUGAAGACUUGCAUCAAUUACUCUGCCUUUCUCACAUUUUUGUUGAUCCAAAAGCCCAGUUUUCUGUUUUCAAACUCUGCAACAGACAGAUGGCAGUCAGAUCUCUUCUUGGUUCAAGAAGUGAAUAAUACCACACAUUCUAUCCCUGAUUGUUUGGGUGUUUUUUUUUUUUUGCAAAAUUCAUCCACUUGCUAUUUAAUACCCUGCAAAGACUCUAAAACUCUUCAGGCAGAGAAUCCCACAUAGGCCAGUGAAAGGUGUCAUUUUUGUAAGUAAAACAGAUUUAAAAUUGUUGGCCUUUGUUCACAACUAAAAUCUUCCAUUCAACUUAUUAACUGUGUAGUUAUUCAUAACCUGGGCACUAGAAGAAAAUCCUGCAAGGAUUGAUUACACAGGUGGAUGCAUGUUGCGGCCUACUCCUCCCUCCAAAAAUGCACCUGACUCGUAACCUCCCUUCUUGUUUGUAUCCCCCAUUUUUCAAUUUUACCCCAUUUAGUGUAUCUUAUCACCUUUCUCAGCCUGCAGUAGUGGAUCUUCUGUAUACUCUAGCUGGUCUGUCAGGACUCUGCUCACAGAGAAACAACUUCCUGUCAGACCUUGUUAGAGGAUACUGAAGAUCCUCCACCAUGUUCUGCUCGGCAAUGCUACAUGAAGUGACUGGCAGGAGGGUGAGCACUGUCUGCUUCCCUCCUGCCUGUCACUCAGGGCCCCUGGACAUUGUGCAAUAUGUCCAGAAUAAAGUCUGAUAUUGGACAGUCAAAGUCUGGGAUGUACAAUAAGGGCUGGGGGAGCUUGCAAAGGCUGCAGAUAAGAGAUCAUUACACUUUUUGUUUUUUGGGGGGGGGGGUAUUUUUAUUUGGGUAGUGGGGUGUCCCUCUAAACUCCAUGCAUGUGGAUAAUUGAUUGCAAGCUAUAACACAAUGUUUGGUACUUUGUCAUGCUGUAGAUGAAAUGUACAACACCUUCUAUGACACAUCAGAAUAUCCAGUUGUUAAAUAUUUGAAGGAUCCACUGUAUUUUGAAGUUGAGCUGCUGCACAGCCAAGACUUGCGGCUUGAGCUCUUCUUGGAGAACUGUUGGGCUACAGCUUCGCCUGAGAGAGGCAGUGUGCCGAUGUGGAAUGUUGUGGUGAACAGGUAAGUUCCUUUGAUCAUGACACAAUGUGGUAAAUUUAUUUUUUUGCAAAUUUUUAAGGACAAAACGGCCAAUGUCUUAAAGAAAAGUUUACAUUUCUGAUAUGCACAAGGUAUCUUCAAAACAAAUGAUGUGUUCUGUUUUCUUUCCUCUCACGCUACAGCUGCGAAUUUUCAGAGACCUAUAAUACUAUAUUCCAUCCAGUGACCUCCAACAACAGGGUGAAGUUCCCAAAACUCCUGAAAAGAUUUGAAGUAAACAUGUUUACGUUUAUGAAUGCAGACCAAGCUUAUGCAGGAAAGGUGAGGAUAGUGGUUACGCCUACUGGUUCUAUCUUGCCAGGAAAGGUUGAAUGAUCUUAACAUGUAUAGCUUGGAGGAAAGACAAGACCGGGGGGAUAUGAUAGAAACAUUUGAAUACAUAAAGGGAAUCAACACAGUAAAGGAGGAGACUAUAUUUAAAAGAAGAAAAACUACAAGUAGAAGAGGACAUAGUCUUAAAUUACAGGGGCAAAGGUUUAAAAAUAUCAGGAAGUAUUACUUUACUGAGAGGGUAGUGGAAGCAUGGAAUAGCCUUCCAGCUGAUGUGGUAGAGGUUAGCACAGUGAAGAAGUUUAAGCAUGCAUGGGAGCAUAAGGCUAUCAGAACUAUGAGAAGGCUAGGGACUAAUGAAAGUAUUUAGAAAAUUGGGCAGACAAUAUGGGCAAAACUCUUAUCUGCCGUCACAUUCUAUGGUUAAAGGGACACUGUAGGCACCCAAAACACUUGGGGCAUUGCAUCCAGACCACUUCAAUGUGCUCAUGUCCCUUAACCCUACAGUAGUAAUUGUCUCAGUUUCUGAGAAGCUGCAAUAUUUACCUUGCAGGGUUAACUCCUCUAGUGGCGGUCAUUGCCGCACAUGUGGAUUAGGUCUCCCCUGCAGGCUGACGGUGGGGAGGAGUGUUGGCAGAGCUUGACCCAGCACCAAGAGACAUUGGGGAGCACUGUACAAACUGGUUUGCUUUCCUGGUAUUAUAGAAUCCCUUUAAGCGGAAUCUACAUUUUUGUACAUGAAAUUGUUAAAACCAGGAUUAAAUCUGUAUAUAUAUACUACAAACUGUAACCUAAAACUAGUUGGGGCUCAUCAUAGUCCUACAGAAAGACUAAAAAGUUGGUGGUAACAGUGCCACUUGGUGUUCGGUCUUUAAAACACAAAUUACAUUUUGUAAAUGGUGGUAUUCCAAUUUCUUUAUAUUCAUGUAGCCUGAUGGCAUGUGCUCCUAUGCACUUAAAAUACUUGUACCCUGUGGCUAGCGUGGCAUUGCUAAUGUCUCUUGACUUCAUGUUGGAUAAAGUGGGCUAUCGAUUCGAUAUUUAUUUAAAAGCUAAAAAAUAAGCUUAGUAGCAGGAGCACCAAACUUGCUUUACAUGGCACUGUAAGCCAUGCCACUGUAAAGGGGGUGCAGCUUGCCAUCCGAGCAUAUGCCACACAGUGGUGAUGAAGGGAGUUACCCAGGGUUUGCAUGUCCUCCUCAAGCUGAUCAAUCUAAUCAGCUGUGAAAGAAUGCUUCAUUCACUAUUACAGGAAAUCUUUCAUGGAAUAUUUAAAAGAGCCAGUAGAUGGCAGCAACAUACCACGCUGUACUCUUUAAAUAAGAACUCUAUCUGCCUUUAUUGCUACUGAUAUUGGCAAAGGAUAUAGUUUGGGUUAAGGAUAGGGUUAUUGCAAAGGUAGGGUUGUUAUAGGGUUAGUGUUAAUUUCUGGUAGUUGGCAAUCUGCACUGCUAUGUAUAUCUGUUUUUGUUUUUAUUUAGUUGCACUGGGUGUGUAAAAAUGUUCACUAACAUUUUAUUCACUUGAUAUUGGGUAUACAUUUAGGCUAUUGAGAGCCAAUUCUGUGGGUUUUUUUUUUGUUUUUUUUAUAUCAAAUGUGUGUAAGGGCUCUUGAAGAAAAACCCUUAAGUUAUGAUGGAACACACUGCACAAAUUCUAGGUUUGGUUUUGGUUCAGAACGUGGACGAUUAUCUUGUCCUUAAGGGGUCAACACGUAAUGCAUAAUUUACCAAUAGCUUAAUGCUAGGAAUGGUGGCAAGUUCUUCUAAACACAUUCUAAAGGCCCAAACUUAAUGUCUUUUUGGGGCAUUUGCUAAAAUAAAGCUUGGUUUCAUUGCCUGUUGACUGCUGCACUUGAAUCCUGGAGUGUUUCUUUAUUUUCUUUUUCUCAUUCCUGUCAUACAGAUCUAUUUCCACUGCAGUGUCGUAAUUUGUAAUUCUGAAACCCUCUCUUCUGAUCCCAUCUGCACUAGAUCUUGCAUACCCAACAGGCAGCGGUUAGGUGAGUAAAGUAAUCUUUAAAUUGAUUCAGUUUAGAAGUUCUGUGCUGACAUGUUGCACUCAGCCAGAGUAGAAUCUGGUUUAAAGUCCAGACUUUGUAUCUGACUCCAUAAAGGGGUUUUCUUACUAUAUUCUAAGCCACAAGGAUUGAGGCAGCCGUUAGGCUUUCUGAACAGAUUAUCUGAAAUACAAAACUGCCAUGAAGUGCUGCCCAUCACUUGCCUAUAACCUGAAAGUAUGACCGGUACUUAAAUCUUCCAGGCAUUAAACCUUCAGUUUCUCUACCAGGGCGAAGUGUGGAUUCUCUGAGUCAAUCUGACAACUUUGUGAGUUCUGAAGCUCUCUGGCUGACCCCUGAAUCUGGACUGGAGACUGCACAGUGUAAGUGUAAUAAAGUAGGUUUAAUGGCCUGUGCACUGGUCCGUUAAAUGCCACUUCACUUGUGGUGUGAAUUAAUGUCGGUAUAUUUGUGUAAUAAUGGAUAAAGGAUAGAAAACGAGUUUAGGAGCCGGUGUAUGUGUUUUCAUGCAUCUCUGGCCCAUCUUUCAGGAAUCCAUUAACUACAAUUUGUGCCCUUCCUGAAAAGCACAAGUUGCAAACACUUGUGUAGUAAACUGUUUUUUUUUUUUUGUUUUUUGUUUUUUUUUUCACAGCUUCCUUAACCCCUUAAGGACACAUGACAGAAAUAUUCCAUCAUGAUUCCCUUUUUAUUCCAGAAGUUGUCUUUAAGGGGUUAAAUACACAUCCAAAGUGGGGAAUAGAGGUUGGCCUGCUCAGGUCACAGUUCUGGGUAGAGGUUGUUAAUCUUGAGCUGCUACACUCAUACUGGUGAGCAGCAGAUAUUAUUGGAAUCAUAAUAUACUAUUAACUUCAAUUACUUAAACUUAAGAAAAAUGCAUUGUACGCCUAUCUUUAUGGGUUGUCUUUAAUCCAUCUUCUCAGGCUGUGGCUGAGCAUUUUAACUAGCGGUUCCUAGCAGUCAUUUCGGAAAGUUGGAGUCUUUCCCCAGACUGGAUAUUGGCUCAAAUGUAACAUUGUACACCAUAAUGUAUUGCAGUCGGACCUCAAAAUGACCAACAAAAACUGCCUUCUCUACGCUGUGCUUAGAGUUCCAUCAGUUGUGACCAGUGAAUUCUGUAUAAGUAACUCUAUGCCAUUGCCUUGGAAACAUUUCAAACUGUAUUUCUUAAUGGUAAAGAUUUUGCAUGUUGUAAAAUGUCAAUGCCAGGUAGACAUGCAUCACAUGUAGCAAUCAGUCAAUUUUGUAUGGUACUGCAGGGAACAAAGAUUUUUCAGCAGGAUAACUAAACUUGUCUAAUCUUUUUAUAGAACCCAUAAACCUGAACUGUGUAUAUGAAAAAUGCUUUCUAUAUUGAAGGGUGGAUGUGACACCUGGACACAUGUCUUAAUGAGUGAGCUCAUACAGUAAAUACAUGGUUUUAAAUCUAAUUUAUUUUUUUUUCUUUCCAGUUAAGAGCAAUCUUGCCAUUCAGUGA